AGAGGGUGAAAGAUUUGUGGAGCUAUCGAGUUGUUUACAUAGCAUCACUUGUGUCGUUGUUUGCACAGCGUUUUUGUCUGGAUACGUGACACUUUUCAAAUGGAGUGCGGUUCUGUGUGGUUCAGUACGCACUUGGCUACCAAGAUAUCUCAGGUCGAGGCAGUCUCUAUAAGUCCGUCUUGGACCUCAGUUCUGUGCUCACGAUGUCGCAUCCACAUGGCCUGUUUUUGGGGAUUUUCCUACUCCUAAUCUGGGGUGGAGCUGUGAACGGGGAGUUUUACUCAUCAGUGGAUAGUAUGCAGGAUCUGGCCCAAGUGGAACAAGAGCUCCUAAAUGCCACGCGUUCGUAUGUGGAGGCCCAGCAAAAGCAGCUAGACUUUUACCGCAGAUAUGUGGACCAAAUAAAACGGGAGCAUGAGGUGGCCAUGGGUCAGUUAAGACUGGAUGAGUAUCUGGGUCACCCUCUCCACGCCUUUAGAUUGAUCAAGCGAUUGGUUCAGGACUGGGAUGAGCUGAUCUUCGAAUCCAUACUCGAAAACAAGCCCAGAGAAGAUUUCCGUGGAUUUGUGGAGGUUUUGAGCACCGAAUUGGGCUAUCCCGAUCAAUCGGAGCUCCAGGGAGCCAUCAAGGGCUUGGCCCGGCUUCAGAAGGUCUACAACCUCACGACCACCGAUUUGGCCGACGGCGUCAUCAAUGGCUAUAACUAUGACUCGGAGUUACAAUGGCGCGAGGCCUUCGAAAUAGGGGUGCAACUCUUCGACCUCGGGGAGUACCAGAGAUCCCUCGAGUGGCUCCAGGUGGCCUUUGUCCUGCUGCGAAAUAGUCCCUUGGAGGAGAAGGAUGAGAAUGGGUACCUAGCAGAUAUUCGGGAGUACGCAGCCAUGGCCAACUUUGAGUUGGGUAAUCCCAAGAGAGCCGACAGACUCUUGAAACAGAUCCUCGAACUUGAACCGAUACACUCCGCCCAGCAAACGCGAAAGUAUCUGGAGAGCAGAGAGCCAGGAAAGAACGAGAAGGAGAAGAAUCCCUCCUGGUUUGCCAACUACACGAGGCUGUGCCAGGGCAGAAGAUUGCCGGAGGAAAGGAAUGGCAACCCUCUAAAGUGUUACCUAGACGGAAAGCGCCACUCCUACUUCACCUUGGCUCCCCUUCAGGUGGAACCGGUGCACCAGGAUCCGGACAUCAAUGUCUAUCACGGAAUGCUGAACUCCAAGCAGAUCUCUUCCAUCUUCGUGGAGGUGGACAAGGAGGAGAUGGUGCGAUCCGCCGUCUCGGGAGAAGGUGGCAAGCGCACAGUGAGGGAUCUCCGGGUCAGUCAGCAGACCUGGCUGAACUACACGGCCCCGGUGAUGCAGUCCAUUAGCCGGAUGAUCCAGUUUGUGUCCGGAUUCGACAUGGCCGGAGCCGAGCUCAUGCAGGUGGCCAACUACGGAGUGGGCGGCCAGUACGAGCCGCAUCCGGAUUACUUUGAGUUCAACCUGCCAGAGAACUUCGAGGGGGAUCGCAUCUCGACAAGCAUGUUUUAUCUCUCCAAUGUGGAACAGGGCGGCUAUACUGUCUUCACCAAGCUGAAUCUCUUCCUGCCUCCUGUCAAGGGAGCCAUGGUCAUGUGGCACAACCUCCAUCGAUCCCUGGAUGUGGAUGUGCGCACCCUGCACGCCGGCUGUCCAGUCAUCGUGGGUUCCAAAAGGAUUGGCAACAUCUGGAUGCACUCGGGCUUCCAGGAAUUCCGUCGCCCCUGCAACCUCACCUCGGAUAGCUACAAAUCCGUUGCCUAUCAGAGCGCAGAGUAAUUCAUAUAUUUUAUAAAUAAAUAGCUAACUUUAA